UAUCUCCAGUAAUCGAAGUGAAAGCACGUGUUUUGAUUAAGUCGUCACUUUAUACCCGCGAACAAAUUUCAGUCCUCCAUCUUAUCUUCUAUUUCGAAGGCUUCGACGCUGAUUCAAAGUAAAUCAAGCACUGUCAGUACACAGGUGAUCCUGUUGUUUCGUUCUCAUCUGAUUUGAAAGCCGCUCAUCCCAUAGAAUUUUACACUCGCCAAUAACUGUCUUACCAAGAUGAUGCCUACGAACGACAGCAACGAUAUCUCAAAGCUGAGUUUCACUGGCGAUUCAUUUUUGAGCGACCUUGAUCUCUCGAAUUUAGAGCAGAUCCAGCAGUUCUGGUUUAUUCCUGCAGAGGGAAAGGAGGAACCCGCGCAAAGUGUUCCAGACACCACCCUGGACUUAGAUGAAAUGCCCGCCUGGCUGAGCGAGACUUAUUCAUCGCGCAAUUUUCCAGAGGACGAUGUAGCCUCAGAGAUAUCAAAUCCAAGCCCAUCUCCAUCUGAGUGCAGUUCUACGAGCACAGGAUACUUUUUCAGCACUGAAAUGAGCGCUAAAGAAGCUCUGUUUACAGAGAAAGAGCUACGAGAGCUCUCUGUCAAAGAAAUCAACAAUCUUUUGAGAAGCAGAGGGCUUUCGAAGGAAGAAAUCGCUCGGGUAAAACAAAGGCGAAGGACAUUGAAAAACCGAGGCUAUGCCCAGCAUUCAAGGAUGCGAAGAAUCGAGACCAAGAAUAACUUGGAAGUCGAGCGAGACAGUCUUCAAAAAGAGCUAGAAGGCCUAAAACAACAGGUAGCUACAGCUCUCCGAGAGCGAGACUUCUUCAAGAACAAAUAUGUAAAGCUCCUGUCACAUGUAACGAAGCUGCCAGGAAAGGUACUGAAGAUCAAUCCAUUGGAAAAGUGAACUCAGGGACUUAGGAAAACUUGAAUUCAAAUACUUUGGACACGUACAAGUGCUUGCUCCGAAAGCAUUGGGUCAUGAUCGACAACGAGUUUGACUGUUCACCAGACAAAUUAAGUUUUCUUAGCAAUAUCCUAGCUUUGAACCCGUGAAUUUAACAUUGAUGUUUUCUUGUUGUUAUCUUAGAGAGUUUUUUAGCCUUCCUUGGCAAUUUAGCUCGAUAGUUAAUGAGAUGGUUUGAAACUACCAAAACGUCGAAGAACGUUUUCGAAUGUUGCGUGACGUAAUGAGUUAUUUUUAUUUAUGAAGUAAGCCGCUGACAUAGGCCAAUCUAAUGUACGGGCGGCUUGUGUACAUAAAUGGUUAUUCUUUCUAGACCAAUACAAAAGAAGGAAGGAAAACAAAAUCCCAACAAAACAAAAAAUACAGAAAUAACAUUUGAAAAAAAUGUUGGAAAUGUUAUCUAAUUAAAAAAAAAAAAAGAUGUAACUAGUUUCAUUGUAUACCCUCCACAAGUUGAUGUGAAUUUUUGGCAAUAUUAAGGGAAGUAUUUUUUUCAGUACCUCAGCCAAAGCAACAGUUUUUGUCAAGUAGUGUAUAGUGAAAAAAAAGGAAAAACAUUUUUUGAUAUGUUAUGUAAAUACAUUAACAAAUUGGACAGGCUGCUAUGACAGUCAGACUCUAGUUUUUCCAUUACCUGGUAGUGAAGAAACAUUUUCUAAGAUUCUUUGGUGUUUUGUCUAAAGCUGUGUAACAUUUUAUGUUGAAAUAAAAUCCAUGUUGUAACUUA